AUGGAAAUACUGAAAACACCUGAAAUUGAACAAUGUUUGCAAUCCGUUAAGAAUCAUCUUGUACAGUACGGAAUGUCAUCCACAGAAAACACACUCCGAGUACAGAUCGAUCAAUAUGAUCAGGAAGAUUAUGUGUCGUUUGAUGUUUUGAAAAGGACUGUUGAAUUCAAGAACGAACGAAUGCAAGAGGAUGAUCAACAAAACAAUAACGCCAACAACCACAAGAAAAAAUCUCCCAAUAAUAAUAAUACAAACAAUGCAAAGAAAAUUACUUCUUCCAAUUCGUCGUCAGCAUCAUCGGAAAAAACUCAAGCUUCAUCUACCUCACCAAAAACAUAUCUCCACAAAUUGAUAAAAGGAACAAAACUUAGAACCAAGACUACCUCUACAACGCCAACAAAAAAGAAUCCUGAAUGGGUGAAGUUAACGGAACAACUCCGAAAGAAACAAGGUGAUUAUGAAUAUUCUAAACUGGUUCGUAAUGUGGUGAAUGCUCCUGCUCAUGAAAGAGAGGCUCUCAACAGUUACAAGGGCCAAUUAUCAGUUGGACUUGAUUUGGUUAUCACCAUGGCAACUUUAUUUGUUGUGUUUUAUACUGCAUCCCAAUACAUGUUUACUGGCGAGAACAAGAAACAAUAUCAAAUACUCAUGGGAUUAAUUGGAUUAAUUUUGGGGCUUCUGAUUGAUGCUGUGCUUGUGAUUGUGAGAGGUAAAAAGGCAGAAAUGAUUGACAAGGUUCAAACCAAGCACAAGAAUAUUGCCACAAAUUCUUAUGGUAUUGAAACUGUUCCAAUUGAGUGA